AUGGAGAGUACAUACCGAGCAUGGGCGCCUGACAGCGCUCCGGCCUACAACAACCCAGACCGUCUCUACUAUCCUCGACAGCCCAAGUCUCUCGCCGGGAUCGCCGUCCGCUCCUUUUGCCUCGGAAUAGCCCUCACGAUUGGCAUCUCGAGCACGCUCUACAUCCUCCUCUUCACCUCCUCCCCACUCUGGCGCCUGCCCUUUUUUCUCGCUUCCCUCUCCACCUUUCACUUUCUCGAAUUCUGGACCACGGCCGCGUACAACACCCGAGCAGCCGAGGUUUCGUCCUUUCUCCUCACGGCCAACUGGCCCGGCUACGCCAUCGCCCACUCCUUUGCCACGCUCGAAUGCCUCGUCACCAAUGUGUUUUUUCCAAACGCACAGUGGGCGCCGUUUCACAUUGGGAUACUUGUUUGUGUGGUUGGCUUUGCCUUGACAGUGAUUGGACAGACGGUCCGCACGGUGGCCAUGUGCCAGGCUGGACCUAGUUUCAACCACUUGAUUCAGCACCAGCGGAACGCGGGCCAUGUGCUGGUGACGAGCGGGAUAUACGCGGCGUUCAGACACCCGAGCUACUUUGGGUUCUUUUGGUGGGCGCUGGGGACGCAGCUGACGAUGGGGAACGUGGUAAGCUUUGUUGGGUAUGCGGCAGUGCUGUGGAAGUUUUUUAGCGGGAGGAUCAAGGUGGAGGAGGAGGCGCUGGUGAGGUUUUUUGGGGAGGAGUAUGUUGAUUAUAGGAGGAGGGUGGGGACCAAGAUUCCUUUUGUUCCUUGA